AUGGCCUCCACAUCGACUGCCUCAUUUCCUCAGCAAAAUUUCGAUUAUUUCCUCAUUCUUGACUUUGAGGCAACUUGUCAAGAUGGAGAAAAGAUCAAGCCUUGCCAAGAAAUUAUCGAAUUCCCAGUGAUUCUUCUAGAUGGACAGACUUUUGAAGAGGUUGCUCGAUUUCACCGAUAUGUUCAACCAACGGUUUGCCCAAAACUCACGCCCUUUUGCACGGAUCUAACAGGGAUUUCCCAGGAAAUGGUUGACAAUCAACCGGAAAUCCUAGAAGUCCUUCAAGAGUUUGAUGACUGGUUCAACGAGAGAAAUCUAUCAGAUAAAAGAUUCAUUUUUGUCACAUGUGGAGAUUGGGACUUGCAAACACAGCUACGACAUGAGGGAAAAUACAAAAAGUUUGAAGUGCCCAAGUAUUUCUCCGAGUGGAUCAAUAUAAAAGAAUCCUUCAAAAAGCAUCGAGGAUACAAGGGAUAUGGAAUGAUGACUUUGCUCAAAGAAAUGAAAUUGCAACAUUCGGGUCGACAUCAUAGUGGAAUUGAUGAUACAAUAAAUAUCGCUGCUAUAACAAAAGCAUUAGCAAAAGAAGGAUUUGUAUUUGAACCAACAGGAAAAGCGCCGGAAAAGAAAGGGAAGAAAAAUGUGAGA